AUGAGUGGUGUAGGUGGACCUUCUGGAGGACACUCGGGCUCUGUUUACGGUGGGCGCGGUGCUCCGCCAUCAGGUAGAUCGUUUGAAGAUCGUUCAGUGGCACGAGAGCAAAUGAUGCAGACCGUCCGAGACUCUUCUCAGCAAGACCGCCGUGUCUAUGUCGGCAAUCUAUCUUACGAUGUAAAAUGGCAUCAUCUGAAAGAUUUUAUGAGACAGGCUGGAGAAGUCCUCUUUGCCGAUGUUUUGCUACUUCCGAAUGGAAUGUCCAAGGGCUGCGGCAUUGUGGAAUAUGCAACGAGGGAGCAAGCUCAGCAUGCAGUGAAUACACUCAGCAAUCAGAACCUCAUGGGACGUCUAGUCUAUGUUCGCGAGGAUCGCGAAGCUGAGCCUCGUUUUGCUGGACCACCUUCAAGAGAUGCUGGUGCUGGCAGAGGUGGUCCGCCUGGCGCUGGGGGGCGACAAAUUUACGUUUCAAAUCUUCCUUUCAACGUCGGCUGGCAAGAUCUGAAGGAUCUCUUCCGUCAAGCUGCCCAACAAGGUGGCGUCAUUCGCGCAGACGUUUUGAGCGACCCAAGCGGCCGUCCAAAGGGUUCUGGUAUCGUCGUCUUCGAGUCCGCUGAUGAUGCUAGAGUGGCUAUCCAGCAGUUCAACGGCUAUGAUUGGCAAGGAAGAAUCCUUGAAGUUCGCGAAGACCGCUACGCUGGUGGCGGCGCUCCUGGUGGCUUUGGGGGUGGUUUUGGUGGCCGUGGCGGCUUCGGUGGUGGGUUUGGCGGCCGCGGUGGCUUCGGUGGUCGCGGUGGCUUUGGUGGCCGUGGUGGCUUUGGAGGGGGUUACGGACGUGGUGGUUUUGGUGGCUACGAUGCUGGUGCUGGUGCUGCUGUUGCCCCUCCGCCUGGACCACCAAACCCUUUCACUGACUACGCUACCUCGGGAGGUGACAAGAGCGCGACCAUCUAUGUCCGCAAUCUUCCCUGGUCGACUUGCAAUGAAGAUUUAGUAGAUCUUUUCACCACUAUUGGCAAGGUUGAACGGGCAGAGAUCCAGUACGAGAGUAAUGGUCGUUCUCGCGGGACUGGUGUUGUUGAAUUUGAUAAUGCCGAAACUGCAGAAACCGCAAUUUCCAAAUUCACCGGUUACCAAUAUGGUGGUCGUCCUUUGGGAAUCACAUUUGUCAGAUAUAUCCAUCCAUCGGGCCCUGCAGAUGCUGGAGAUGUUGCGGAUGAAUCCGCUGCCAUGACACAGGAUCAGAUGAUGUAA